CAACGUUUUAUUCUUGCGUUUUAGUCUAUGUUAUUACUUCAUUCACCCCUUCUUCCUCCCAUGAGACUGAAAAGAGUUCCCUUCCUCCAUGAAAGCCGGAAAACUGAGAGCAUUGGCAUGCGUUAAUGGCUAAAAUCAGAUCCCAAAUGAAUGGCAAAAAUUUCAAUGCGAGACCUCUUCCGAAUCAGACUUGGAAACACCAUUUUCACUCAUCACCGCCGAUCAAUUCUAGUUUCUCCAAAUCAAAACAAUCUCUUUUUAGCUUCAUAUUCAUAUUCUUUCCCUUAUGUCGAAGAUAGACCGUUCUCUAUUUAUCAUCCAAGCAUUGAAUUUGUCAAAUUAUGUCAAAACAGUGGACAUCUCUUUCAAAUUCAAUCUCAGUUGAUCACUUCUGGGCUUUUUCCCUUUUGGUCAGCCAAACUUCUAAAAUAUUAUUCAGAUUUUGGUGAUAUUGAUUCCACCAUUUCGAUCUUUAAAUACAUUGAUUCUCCUGGUCCUGUCGUCGUAAAUAAUGUUAUCAAAGCAUACUCGCUUAGUUCUAUUCCACAACGAGCUUUGCUUUUCUAUUUUGAUAUGGUGGCAAAUGGAUGCUUUCCAAAUAGCUAUACUUUUGUUUCACUCCUUAGUUGUUGUGCCAAAUUAGGUUGCGCCAAAUCUGGGCAAAUGUGCCAUGGGCAAGCUUUGAAGAAUGGGGUUGAUUCUACGUUGCCAGUACAGAACUCAUUGAUUCAUUUUUAUGGGUGCUGCAGUGCUGUGGAACAUGCUACAAAGGUGUUCGAUGAAAUGUCUCAAAGAGAUUUAGUCUCAUGGAAUUCUAUUAUUAGCGCCAAUGUUAGCAGGGGUGAUUUAGUUACUGCUCAUAACAUUUUUGAAGUAAUGCUUGAGAGAAAUGUAAUUUCAUGGAAUAUCAUGAUUAAUGGGUACUUGAAAGUUAAUAAUCCUGGGUGUGCUUUGUUGGUAUUUAGGAAAAUGGCAAAUAGAGGAUUGCAAGGAAAUCUUAAAACUAUGGUAGGUGUGAUUCGUGCUUGUGGUAAGUCAGCCAGGCUGAGAGAAGGACGUUCUGUUCAUGGGUAUCUUAUUAGGAAAUGGAAGAGUUUGAGUAUAUUCAUUUAUACAUCUUUGAUAGAUAUGUAUAGUAAAUGUCGAAGGGUGGAACUAGCUUCGAAAAUUUUUGAUAGUUUGAUGCAUAGAAAUUUGAUUUGCUGGAAUGCAAUGAUUUUGGGUCACUGCAUUCAUGGAAAACCAGAAGAUGGGCUUAAUUUAUUUGCGGAUAUGGUAGAAGCUAUCGAACCAGAUGAAGUUACUUACAUAGGAAUUCUAUCUGCUUGUGCUCGAGCCGGAUUGUUGACAGAGGGCAGAAACUUUUUCAGCCAAAUGACUCAUAAGUAUUGUCUAAAGCCAAAUUUUGCACAUUAUUGGUGCAUGGCUAAUCUUUAUGCAGGUCUUGGCCUAGUUAAUGAUGCAGAGAAUGUACUAAGGAACAUGCCAGUCGACAAUGAGAAUGUCUCACUGGAGUCGAUUGUUUGGGCUAAUUUGCUUACUGUAACCCGUUUCCAAGCAAAUGCUACUUUGGGGGAAAGAGUUGCAAAAUCUCUGAUAGCUAAGGAACCUUGGAAUUUCUCGCACUAUCAGCUGUUAGCGAAUGUCUAUGCUGCAGCAUCCAAGUGGGAAGAUGUUGCUAGAGUAAAAGAGAUGUUGAAAAAAGGACAGAUGCGAAGAAAUCCAGGGUGUAAUCUUGUGGAUUUGAAAAAAAUUGUUCACGAGUAUAGAGUAGGACAUUGUUGGCAAGAGGGAAUUGAUGAAAUGACCAGAAUGAUAGGUGAAGUGGCUGAAAAACCAAUUUCAUGAAUUGCUGAUUUAGAACAGCAAUGAAUGAUGGUGUUGCAGGCUGGAACUUAGCCUCAUGGUCUAAUAUACAGAUGAGAAAACUAGGUAGUAACAUUGAUCCAUUGAAAGAAAAUGUCAUGCGUUAUCAUCUGAUCAUGGAGACUGUUGUAAUAAAAUUUUUCUAGUUGAUUGGCAAAUAUAGUGGUAGGUCAUUUUUGAACACAGACAGAAGUUUUGCGUGCAAGUUCUUCAAGCAGACGCAGUUGAACUUGAGGAACCGUCAAAUUUUGGCUAUUACAAAAAAAGAUUUAUCUUUGAGUAUUGCCAAUAAAUGCUUACUCGAUAUCUUCUCUCUUUC